AUGUUCCGCGCUGUGGAGGAUCGGCCUACACCUAAGGAGGUGUACAACUGGAGGCUGUAUUUCGAGGCCUCGGUGAUUGCGACUGGUUCUUUCCUGUUUGGCUACGACUCAGCUUUCAUCGGUACCACGAUCGCAAGAAAGAGCUUCAAGGAUGAUUUCAACGUCUACGGCCCCGAGGCCAACAACAUCUCAAGCAAUAUCACCGCUUCAUUCCAAGCGGGAGCUUUCUUCGGCGCUAUAUUCUGCUUUCUCAUCACGGAGAAGCUUGGUCGAAAGUGGGCACUUCAAAUCGCAAACGUCGUCUUCAUGGUCGGCGCCAUCAUUAUGACUGCUGCAACAAACCAGCUAUCAUUCAUCUGUGAGCUUAAACCUCCCUGCCCGUCGUGUAGAGAGUGGCUGACGUGUUUAGACGCUGGACGUGUUCUCACGGGCUUGGCCUGUGGUGCCAUCACCGCCACCGUCCCGUCUUACAUCGCCGAGAUUUCAGUUACAUCCAUUAGAGGCAUCCUGACCGGCUUGUUUGAAGUCACAUACCAGUCUGGUUCUCUCAUUGGUUUUUGGAUCAAUUACGGCAUCAACGUCAACAUGGAUCUCACCUCUACGGCGACUUGGAGGAUCCCCAUGGCGGUGCAAAUAAUCCCUUCCGGCUUGCUGCUCAUUUUUGGGUGGUUCCUUCAUGAAAGCCCGCUCUGGCUUUUCCGAAACGAUCGAGAUGAUCUGGCGUUGCAAGCCUUGCAGGAUUUGCGUCAACUCCCAUCAGACCACCAAUACCUCCAAGAAGAGAUUCUCCAAAUCCGCAUCAGGCUCGAAGAAGAAGCUCUCAUUGCCAAAAAGUACGGUUCUGGUUCAUGGUCAUACUUCCGCGGUGCCCUGUUCGAACUCUCCCGCAAGGGAAUGUGGAACCGUGUUCUGCUGGUCUUUUGUUCCUUUGCACUCCAGAACAUGUCUGGCGCAGCUGCGAUCAACUACUAUUCGCCCACACUUUUUGGUUCUCUUGGUAUCACCGACGUGAGCUUGUGGACCGGAAUCUACGGCCUGGUUAAGGCGGUGGCUUCAAUCAUAUUCUAUGGCGCUCUGAUCGACAUCUGGGGUCGUAGAAACCCGACUAUUAUCUCGUCCCUGGCUUGCUCCCUCUGCCUGUGGUUUGUGGGCGCGUACGUCAAAAUUGGCCACCCAGCCGACAUCAUCAAGGCUGGCGAGGAGCUCUCGCCUUCAACUGCGGCCGGUGGAAAGGCUGCAACAGCUAUGAUCAUGAUAUAUAGUGUGUUCUGGUCGUUUGGUCUUAAUGGUAUUCCCUGGAUCGUCUCGGCCGAGAUCUUCCCUGGAGCGCUCCGUAACUUAACGGGAACAUGGGCAGCCCUGUGCCAAUGGCUUGUUCAAUUUGUGCUCACGAAGGCCCUGCCUUACAUUUUUGCGUCUUUCAAUUACGGGACUUGGUUCUUCUUUGCUUGCUGGAUGCUUCUCGCUACCAUCUGGGCCUUCUUCUUCCUUCCCGAGACCAAGGGAAAGACUCUUGAAGAGUUUGAUAUCAUCUUUGGCUACACAGAGAACAGAACUACCCCGAUGCUGGCUUCGAAGAUGAUGCAAGGAGAUGAUAAAGACGAUGUUGUUGAGGAGACAGAGCACAGGCUUCCGUAA